UUUUUUUUUUUUUUUUUUUUUUUCUGCUUCAAUGGCAGCCUUGACAACAGUGUGGAUUACCGUGCUGUCCCUGCUCCAGCUGGCCCACUGCUCUGUCACCUACAGACACACUCCAGGAGAUCCAGUGUUGGUGGAUGAGCAGUCAGCGACAUCCUUUCUGUCCCGCUCACUACUCUAUAACAGCUGGGACUUUGAGCUGGUGGUGGCUGACAGUCUGGAGAGGGAGUGUGUGGAAGAGAAGUGCAGCUAUGAGGAGGCAAGAGAGGUAUUUGAGGACGACACUCAGACGGAAUUAUUUUGGACCAACUAUGUCGACAGCCAAGCGUAUGCACCCAGAGUAGAUGUGUCAGGGCUGGUGGCAGGGAUCCUGGCUGUCCUAGUGUCUGCUGUUAUUGCAACUGUGCUGGGAAUCUAUUGCUACAAAGCCAAGAUCAAAGGUGGACGGAGAACUCCAGUGCGAAUGGCAGCAGAUGGGCGUCCAGCUCCAGAGUCUGUGCCCCUCGCAGCGAUCAUUGCCCCAGGUCUACCCAGUUACAGUGAGGUUCUGUGCCGCAGUGGGCAGCAUGAUGCCCCACCACCUCCAUAUUCAGGGGGCGCGCCAUCAGAGACAGCUGAUCCAGGAAACAAUGAAUGAGAGGGCUGACAGACUCUUUAUUAUGGUUGAUGGGCACUGGUUUGAUUGAACUUUUAGUGAGUGAACUAGAUGUUUUCUGAUCUACUGUAUUUAUGAGUUAAGUUAAAGAACAAUCUCAGAAUGGACACUAUUGACAGUAUGAUCUGCAUGUCAGCUGGCACAUAGUCUGUCACUACAGAUGUGAUGCUUUAAAGUUGAUACAGCUGAGGGUGGGUAUAAUUCAAAUAACUGUGUAGUGUUUGUCAGGUGCUUUUGUGCAGAGCAACAGAAGACUAUAUAUUCAUAUAAAAUACUGAUUCUUCAAGAAAACAGACGUUUUAUAUAAUAAAUCACAUAACAAUUACAA